AUGCUGUCUAACCGCCGUUCUUUGAUGGGAGGUCCCGCUGGUGGCCCAAUGUCCAUCGACAAGUCCAACCCAAACCGCGCAACAUGGUGCCGCCGCGCCUCAUCCUUCACCGUUGCGCCAGGCGCCUACAGCGACACAGCGCCGCCAGUAUACAAUAGUGCUCAAACAGACAACCAGCCGCACUGCCAAAUGCCAUCCGUCCUCACAUCCACAACCCCAGAGAUCCCAGGCCACCGGGUUGUCAAGGUGAUCGGCUCUGUAUACGGCAACACCACCGCCGCGCUGCCCAAGGACGGGGUGAAGAUGUGGCUGAAGACGGCCUGCGGCAUGGGGGCUGAGGUUAGGAGCCUGACGAACAUUAUCUACAACGCAAGGGACGCGGCAACCGACAGGAUGGUCAUGGACUGUGUCUCAAGGGGUGGCAACGCUAUCAUAGGGAUGAGCUUCACAGAGAGCGAGAUCGCAGGCUGCGCUACGGUCAGCGUGCAGGGCACAGCGGUUUAUAUGGAGAUUAGCAGGAAGGUAACUGAGGAUCCGUUCAAGGAGGAAUGA